GAGGCAGCAAGCGCAGUGAAAUCUCCAGGAAGCAAAGGUUGGAAUUUAAGAGAGAAGGAAGUUCCUACACAAAUAUGGAUUAAUUUAUAACGCUGUAGUUAUUGUAAAGAGAUAUUGCUGGUCAUAUGAUUACACAACAACAAAAAACGAAUCAUGAACGUUGGUAGAGUUUGAGACUCGUGGAGCAGCUAGCGAGCUCUCAAACAAACAAAUGUCAAAACAACCCGCAGGAUCUGCCGAGUCUUGACAGAUCGACUUAGAACGAACGAAUGACACAGGAAAAACAGAAACACCGUUUGUCAUCUAAUUGUACUUUUCAUAACAUUAUGAAACAAGUUAUAAAUGGUUGGAUAUCAAAGACGCUAGCUAUAUUUUGAAUGUGGGGACAGAAGGUCAUUUGUAAACCUGACCACCCCCAGAAUAAAACAAUAAUAGAUGCACAGAUCGAGGAAUAUGCAGCGAUAAAACAUUUGGCGUGUCAAAACUGUAUAUAAAUAUUUUAGUCUCUACCAAUAGUAGCUUCUUCAUUAUCCAAUGAACUGUCAACACUGCCAGCAGAAGUUUUGUCGCUAGUUCAUGCUCCCGACUUGUUUAGAGCAGGCUGCACCGUUAGGUGGAUAGCUAGUGCUAGCCACCUACCAUCAAGACGUGGAGGUUAAUGCUUGCAUACAUUUAUAUGACUACCAGCUGUUGCUUGUUGGGACGAGCAAUUUGAAUUGGUCCUGUUUUAUUUGACUGGCUAUUGAGAAAACUGCCAAAGAGCGAGAGCAAACGGGGUCGUCCGGUUUUGACACUUCAUUACUCUUGUGUCACCAUGGCGCAGCAGCAGAUGCCAAGCUCUCAUAAGGCACUGAUGCUUGAACUGAAGUCUCUCCAAGAGGAACCAGUGGAGGGUUUCCGCAUCACCCCAGUAGAAGAGUCAGACUUGUACAACUGGGAGGUGGCCAUAUUUGGACCCCCCAACACACUUUACGAGGGGGGAUACUUCAAGGCACACAUUAAGUUUCCAGUUGACUACCCUUACUGUCCACCUACAUUCCGUUUCCUCACGAAGAUGUGGCACCCCAACAUAUAUGAGAAUGGGGACGUGUGCAUCUCCAUCCUUCACCCCCCUGUUGACGACCCCCGGAGCGGAGAGCUGCCCUCUGAGAGAUGGAAUCCCACCCAGAAUGUCAGGACCAUCCUACUGAGUGUGAUCUCUCUGUUGAAUGAGCCCAACACCUUCUCCCCGGCCAAUGUCGAUGCCUCUGUUAUGUUCCGCAAGUGGAGAGACAGCAAAGGCAAGGACAAAGAGUAUGCCGAGAUCAUCAGGAAGCAGGUCGUGUCCACUAAAGUGGAGGCGGAGCAGGACGGCGUGAAGGUGCCUACUACGCUGGCAGAGUACUGCAUCCAGACCAAAGUGCCUUCCCACGACAGCAGCUCGGACCUGCUCUACGAUGACCUCUACGAUGAUGAUAUCGAGGAGGAGGACGACGAUGACGAUGAUGCAGAGGCAGUGGGCCAGAUGGCAGGAGAGGGUGGCUUUAAUGACGAGGAAGACUCGGGCAAUGAAGAGUCAUGACCUUCCUUCUCCUCUCGUUGUUUAUCUUGCUCCUUCCCACACCCUUCCUACCGAGGACUCCGCUGCAGCCUUGUCCUGUUCUGUCCUUACUUUCUGAUUCCUUCCCACGUGCGCACACACACACUCUUGCUGGCUCCAUCCCUUCUUGAAGGCGUCUCCUUGGCACUUACUUUACCUUGAGAUUUGUUUCAAUCUCUGUCAAACAUGGCCAAAUGCAUAAUUUUAACAUCUGUAUGGGGAUCAGAUUUAUUUGUUUUAUGAUGGCAUUUUUUGUUUUUCUUAUUUAUCUCCCUCAUUGACAUUCAUGAGGCAUAAUCAGUGGGUUAGUUUAUGCAACUUUACUUGUGGUCAAUUAUAUCACAAAGUGAUAUAAACCAAAAUGGUUGUUUCUCUUUCAACUAUUUGAUGGGUCCUUAUUAAACAAUUAAACAGAAUUGCAUGCCUUUUGAUGACACGAAUUUGGCACGUAUGCUGACUACCAGUGUUGCAAAAAACAUUUUGUGAGAAUUGCAAUUGGCUGCUUUAUUUGUCGCGAGAUUACAUUUUGCAGUUGCCGCCACAACUUUUCGGCUCCAAUUUGCAUUGCUGCGGUCCCCGAAAUUCGCCCCUUUUCCUGCCGCACACCUGCUGUGAUUUCUGUUGCAUAGGCAGAUAUUCCCAAUCUUGUUUGUGGGAAAAGUCGCUAAAUGGUAUCAAAACUCCCCAAAGGCAGCCUGAAAAGUAGUUUCUUUGAAAAAAAAAAAGUCGCUGUGGGGGUCUGAGCUCUCUAAAUAUAGCGACUUCAAGUUGGCAACACUGGUCUCUAUCCCUCCCAGGGUUCACAUACACAUUCCUCUUACAAACUAAUUUAAUUCCUUUUAAACUAUAUAGUGUAAAACCAUAUCCUAUUCAGAUGUAAAACCAAUUUAAAUGAACUCAAAUUUGUUCUUAAGCUGUGUAACAAGAGUGGUAAGAUGCACUCAAUGAACAUACCCCUCUCUUACUCUGUCUCACACAGUCAACAAAAUGAAGACCCUUUAAUAAAAAUAAACUAAUUUUCUGUAUUGCCCUGACAGGGAUCUGAACACAAAAAGGACACUUAUUUUGCCAUUUUUGGUAGGUUCCCCAUUUUUAUCUGAGUAAUCUACUCAAUCAAAGAUCGCUAACAGAAAGGAAGGGUUGGGCACUCACUACCAACAAGCAUCUCUUUGAGUGGAUGCAUCUCAGCAUGCAUCUCUCCAACCAGAGACAGCAGAGAAACAAUCUCUGCUCCAAACUCUCAUACACCUGAUGUCAUUUGAGCUCUCAAACAGAAGAUGCUCCCGGGUAUUGGUACCGUACCAGCGCUGGAUAAUUUCCAUGGAGACUGGACUGGUGAUAGAGUUGUUUCCGUGGAGACUGAUUUGUAACUACCCUAUCUUUCUUUGGGGGACUUGAACACCAGGGAUAAAUGAGACAGGCGGACCCCUCACACACACACACACAGCGGUGAAGCCAUGAGAAUGCUCUGCACAGAAAACAGCAGGGAUCACUGCUGUUUCAAGAACAUUUGAUCUGUUUGUUUGUAUUUGCUGUAGUCUAUAAUCUCCCAUUCAAGGUUUGAUGAAAACAUCUCACUUUACCCAGAUAAACAGGCAAUGAAUGCUGGAUCACCAUAGGAAGUGUUGGCCAUUCCAUAACACUUUGUUACAGCUUUAGUUUGGGGUGUCUGUGUCACCUACCUCCUCUACAUGUGUAUGUGCAACAGACAAAACAACAGGCAAACCUCACCUACUGGACAUCCCAGACUGGCAAAGCUAACUAAUUGUAGAUUUCAAAUGGUAUUUGAACACAGGUCUGAUGACCAAGAGAUUUUGAGGGAAACGUUAACUGAAUGUCACUUAAAGCCUUGGAUUGUUUUAUUUUGAGUCUGAUAGUCCAUAAGGGCUUCCAGAGUCAAUGAGAUUCAUGAUGUUUUGUUGAGAAAGAGAUCCUCUCCCCAGUUCUAGUCACAGGCCCAUUGACCCCAGAUAAGUAAUCAAUAAAUAGAAAAGCAUUCAGUUUGGCAACAAGUGGAGUGCUACAUAACCAUUAAUGCUAAUUUAUUAGAUAAUUAAUUUCAAGGAUAGUGUAGAGACUUGGGGCUCGAUUCAACCAAACCCACUGGGCAGUAUUCACGCAGUAGCAUGUAGGCCUAAGCAUACUAGGUAAACAAAUAUAUUGCGUAAACAUUGCCAAAGCAGGUUGGCUUUGAUUCUGCCAUUGGUGUCUUUCAGCUAUUAAGUGUUUAAGUAUAACAUUCUCAUUGUUUUUGUUUUCCUUGGUCUGCCUUAACAUGUAUCAUACAUUUUUUCUUGUAAUGGAUGUUCACCAAAGAUAAGAGGCUUUCUUUUGUGAGUAUAAGGCUUUAUCUUUGGGUUGUUUGUUGCACAAAUAAAUAGAGGGCACUGGAAAUGUUGUCAAAGCUAUUGCAAAGUAAGGUUACUUUUGACCAUUAAUAAUCCACUGGUUUGAUAUGAAUUGGGGUUUCAAAGAAAAACAAAAUGCAUUCAAAUGAAAUGCCCCUCAAAGUUUACUGAUGGUAAAAUUGGUGGGUGCAGAGGCAACCUAGUCUCACAAGUGUUGGCAGCAUUGAGAGCCUCCCACUACUGAUAUCCCUGUGUGUUAUGGGGUGAGGUGAGGCUCUUAACCUUCUGCCUUACAUCCUCUCUUGAAUGCCACAUGGGCCUGAAUAGAAAGAAAGAAAGAUAUAAACAGUAUCAACUGUAUAACAGGGCAACAAGGUAUAAGCAUUAUACUUACAGGCUUUUUAUUUUUCCCCUCGCAUAUCUCUUCAGAAUGAUGAGAAGUAGCCCUUCCUUUUACCCUCUGCUUGGCUGCAGAUGCGAUUCUAAAGCAAUCACUGGUAGAGGACACGUCUGUAGAGGGCUUCAGGCUGAUAGCAUUAACUACAUGGCCUUGCUACUUUGGAUUAAAAUAUCACCCACAAGGACCUGAAGUUGGUUGGAGGCUUUUGAGAUUGAAUUUGCAGCUACAUCCAUGAUCUUGGACUUGCCCUGUGGGUCGUCCAUGUCUGUGGCAUGUUCCACUAUGGGAUGACUGCUGACUAGCUUCAGGUAGAUGGAAAUUACCUGUCUAGACUAGGUUAGCGGCAUCGGUGGACACACCAUAGAAAUAGAAUGAUUAGAAAGGGUGUGUCCAGUCCAGUCAGUGGUAGCACAAUGGGUGGACUGGCAUUCUAUUUCUAUGGGCCAUACAGCUAUCCAGGCUUGCACACUUUCAGCUACUUUGAAUGUGGCUACAAUUCAUCGCUCCCAAUACUUGAGCGAUGACGAAUGGAAGUGUUGAGUCGCAGCAGCUCCCACUCAUUGGUAAAGAUGUAGGGGAUUAUGGUGAUAUUAUUUAUCAAGGUGCAGCUGCUACUACUCUUAAACCUUUGAAUGCCAUCUACCAUAGUGCCCUUUGUUUUGUUACAGAUGACAGUUUUCAUAGCCGAGAGCUGUCACAAGCAUUUGCAUAGAGGUACUUCUCGCCAUGAAUGUACUGUAUGUACAUACAGUACAUUCUAAGAAAAUAGUUUUAAGAUGGAAAUGGAAAUGGUACAGGUUCAACAUUUUCUCUGUGGAUGGUUAAAGCUUCCAUUCAAGCACAGCCGGUUUCAUUUCAACAGUGGGACUUAAACUUGAGCGUUUUGUUAUCUCGUUGCUUGGGCGGGUUAGGGUUCAUUGACAGGUUAGGGAUGUGACAGGUUUCAAACCAAAGUCCCACUAUUUAAAUAAAACAGACUGUUUGAAUGAAUUAUUAUAUAUUUUAUUUAUUUAAAUUACUUAACACUCCAAUUACAUUAAGUGAGGUGUCUAUUUUAUUCAACUAUUGGGCUUUUCAUGAUUUGAAUCAUAGUCAUAUGAUAAUACUUAUAUUUGUUUGAUUGAAAGCUGACCAUUUGUUCAUUUAAGAAACUAUAGACUGGACUGUGUGGUUUGAGUUCCACCCCUCAGACUAGUUUCUGUAUAUAAUACUGAUAAAAUAUAUUUUGUUACACAAUUAAAACAUUGAUGCAAUGAGUUAUAAAGAGAUACAGUGCAUUCGGAAA